ACAGAAAAAUGUGGGAGUAUUCGGAAUAGUCAAUGAAUCAUAUCAAACGCAAACAAUUAGCAUGAUUAGUGAUAAAACAAAUCUGUGACAAUGGUUAUGCUCUAAAGGAUUUUCUUUUUUACAAUGACAGAGGCUGAUACAAACAAAAGUCAACCAGUAAAUCCGUAUAUUACCAUUGAUUUCGAUGCUGCUUCAACAGCUUCAAUAAACUCCGUUGACAGCUUGGGGCGGAAAACUGAAAUUGCCACUAAUAAACAGGAUUAUGAAAGAUCAAGGUCUGGCCACAGCAGAUCAAUAAACUUCAGAAAUGGGCAAGGACAAUAUGAUCAUACACCAAAGAAUGUUCAUCCUGACUUCUUAGAUUCUGUUGAAGCAGACCCUACUUACCUGUCAAACUUCUUAAAUUCUGAAAUAACAGAGGAAGAAAAAUCCCAAAAAUUUAAUCAUUCACAGAAAAUUCCAGGAUGGGCUUGGAAAAUUGUCAUCUAUGUUUUAGGUGUAACAUAUUCUCACGUAGAAAAACAGUCGAUUCUAUCUCGUAUUAUUCAGAUUAUCACCUUAAUAUUAGGUUUGACAUUUUCCGCCACUGGCAUUACACAUGAGAUAUUUGACAUCAUGAGUAAUUUGACAAAUACGUCAUUAUUAAUGGGCGUGGUCACAAUAUUCUUAGGCUUUAUCUGGAUAUGCUUGGGACUGUAUUCUCAAAAACUUGCUGCAAAGUUGUUUAGUAAUCGUAACUUUGUUGAAUGUGUUAGAAUUCACUCGAGAACUUUCUUAAAAAUAAGCGUUGCAGGACUUUUUAUAUUUUUAGCAGUUGUUAUUUAUGGAAUUAACUCAUAUGUCUCAUACCUGAAUUUUGGACCAAACCAUUGUGACAAGCUGAAACUAACCCGCUAUGUGUGUCAUGUGAUGUACUCUUCACAUCUUGCGUUUACAUUGAUUUCAAUGAUGUGGAAUGUUUUAGUCGGCUGUACGUUAUUUUCUGUCUGUCGGACACAUACAGUAGUGAUCAGAAGAUUUAUUAGUGUCCUGGACAGAGAAGCCAAAGUUUUAGAGUUAAUCAGCAGAGAAAAUGCUAAAAAAUUCCUAAGGAUGACAUCUGCUAAAAGCAUGGACUUUGUCUCUCUCACAGGCCAAUCAGAUUCUGGUUGGUUUAUAUGGGACGAUUUUGGUCAAAGUGGAUCACAGUAUCAUUUGUUGGAUGAGCCAACUGCAGUAUCAGUAGAUGUACCACAAGAUACCAGUGCACAACCACGGGUCUCUAUACAGUCUGAAUACAGUAUUGACUAUGAGGCCUGCCGAGAAAACAAGUCCACCAUUCUUACCAAUGAAGAAAUACUCAAUGCUUACUGGAAAAUUUCUAAAAGAAUGAGGGUGACAUCUCGCUACUUACAGAGAUGGCUAGGUAGUUGGAUCUUCUUUGUAUUGUUAUGGAUCAGUGAUUAUGUUAUCUCCUGGCUGUCUCAUUCUGCAAAAAUAUUUUCCAUAUUGCAAUGUAUAUUACCACUCUUUAUGCUUCUUUUACUGGCAUCAGCAUUUGCAGAGGUCAAUGGUGAAGGUCAAAGAAUGAUUAGGUGUAUCUGUCCAACAGAGGAAAGACUCAAACUUCUACAGUUCCUUACCGUUCAACCAUUACAGAUGCAGGUGUUUAAUUUUGCCCUGAAUUACAAUGCUAUAGUUGGAGUGGUUUUGGCAUUUUCUAUUGCAUUUGCUUCACGUCUUAUCCUGGACGAAAUUAAGUAAUGGUAAAUGGAAGCUCUGUCAUCAGUUUGCAGUCUUCAACCUUGUUCAGAAAGGAAUUAGUUAUUGCAAAGAAACCUUAUCAAACAUUCAACCUCGUGUUGGUUGACCUGUACAAGCUACUUAAUGAAUGUUUUGUAUGGAUAUAGAAAAUUUUUGAUAUACUGUAAAUUCAGAAAUUAUUGCGUGCAUUUAUUUUUGCGAUUUUUCAAAAAUACACAAGAAUGCGAUUUUAAUUAUUGCGAAUUCAGAAAAAUCUACAUACAGAUCUAUGUUGCAGUUAUCAAAAUGCGAGUUUUUAUUAUUGCGAUACUCACCUAGUCGCAUUAUUCGCAUUAAUAAAAACCUCGCAAUAAUUUCUGAAUUUACAGUACUAUUAAUUUAGAAAUUAUUGCAUGCAUUUAUUAUUGCAAUUUUUUUAAGAAUGGACAAAAAUGCGAAAUUAAUUAUUGCAAUUUUAGGAAAAUCUGCAUAUAGAUAAAUGUAUAAAAUAUCACAAUGUUGCGAUACUCACCCAGUUAUAUUAUUGGCAUUAAAGUAAAUCACUGAAAUUCUUUUUGUGUAUAUCGUUUAGAUUUAAUAUGUCAUUUAUUUUAAUCCAUCCUGAGAAAGGAACCUACAUGUACUUCAUAUAGAAACAAUUAUAUAUUCUUUAGUUUUCAAUUGUUAAUUUUGAGUUGGCAGAAGUCAGCUGACUGCAGUGGGCAGGUAGAAAUGACAAAAUCUACCUUAGCUGAACUGUACUUGGUUGGAACUACCCUUUCACCAGAUUAUAAACUCAAAUUUAUUAGAAUGUUUUUUGACACUUCUAUAUGCAUCUAAAUGAAAAAUUCAAUGAAAUAUUUUGUUAAACACUUCAAUUACUAGUUCAUCUAUACCAACAUAAUCACGGAAAAAGUACCCCACUGUUAAAAGUAAUAUACUUUAAUUCGUUUAUAUCUUACAAACUUUAGCUCAAUUAUUUUGUAUGAAAAGGGCAUCAGUUUUAUUUUACAGAGUUUUUAUUAUCAAGAUUUGAAAUAUUUUGUAUGAACAUGGCAUUUGUUAUAUUUACAGAGUUUUAAUAAUAGUAUUUUGUAAGAACAGAGCAAAAUUUUUAUUUGACACAGUUAAAACUUAAAUAUUUUGUUUACACAGGGCAUUUUAUUAUGUUACAUAUCAAUAAAAAUACUAGCUUUGCUACAUAUUUUAUUCAGCAUCAGCGACGUUUUUUCACCAGAAAUUUAAUGAAUGAAAUCACUUUCUCUUUUAUGCCAUGUACAGUUCAGAAUAGCGAAGAUCAAUUAUUUUGUAAGAAUUUUUUUUUUUAAAUCAACACUGUAUCAGGUAUGAAGAUCAAAAUAUUGGUUCACUGAAUGAGGUAUCUGAACCAUCAUUUAGCGGCUGUCAAAUAUUUACAAUUUUUAUAAUAAAAAAUCAAACCAUAACUUAUAACCUCAUUUUGAACAAAAAAAAAAUGAUCCCAGGAAGGGAAAACUGUGUCAACCUGUUUAAAUGCUCAAAAGAAACUUUCUAGAUGAUUUACCUUUUCCAAUUUUUGCCAGAGUAAUGAUAGAACAUCUGGGACUUUUAAACUAACCAUUUGGUCAGUUAUGGUGAAGAUAUGUUCAUAGCUUUUUGUAUGUUCACAAAUUGUACACCCUUUUUAGGAGUGGGGCUAUAUGGCAUUUACCUUGUCUGUUUGUCUUACUUCAUAUUUGGUCAACAGUUGAUUACUUUUCAGAUGUAUCAGAUACCUACUUCUUGUUUGUUUAUUCUUUGAAUUUUUCAAUACGUUGAAGGAACUUGAAAAUUAGGGCAAACAUUGUUCCAGUACUACAAAACCAAAUUACUUCAUAUUUGGUCAGCAUUUUGACAGUGAUAAGUUAUAACAUACAAGUGCUUUUCAGAAUUGUUGGACACUUUAUGGAGGAGGGGGAGUAUGCUUAGCACUACAACAAAUGCAUGCUUGUUUUUGUUUACUUUGUAAAAUGUUUGGUUAUAAUAUUAUUUAUUUAUGAUUGCUUUUAAUGCAUAAUACUGUUCAAAUUUU